AUGUUGAUUAAAAGUUUAAUCUUCGCGCUUUUGGUAUCGGCGGUUGUUGGUGAUGGAGCAGCUAGAAAUGGGAGCAACGUUAAGUUGUCUAGGAGGAAGAGGUAUCUGGUGUUUCCAGAGGGAAGUUCCUUACAAUUAGUCUUUUGCUUGACAACUCCUAUAAUUGGAUAUGCUACAAUCUUCACAAUCGGCUGGACGGCGGCUUUGGCCUGGGAAUUACCCUCAGAUCCUCAUAUGCUUAUAAGGAAACCAGGGAAAAUAGUGAACGUGAUUUCGAAUCGUAAGGAUGUCGUGAAGCCUAUAUUCAAAGAGAAACUAAGCCCCACGCCUAUAAAGUACAAGGAAAGCUACAACUCACCCAACUACAAGAUAUCGAGUCGUCCAGCUUACUACUUCAAUUCGUACCCAGAAUUGAGUAAAUACCAGACGAUACCCACGUACAGCAAAUACAACACGCUCAACAUGUCUCCUUACAAGUCUUCGAUUAACAGGAAGACGAUCUACAGGAAACCCGUUUAUCCUAAGACCGAUUAUUCGGAUCCCACAAACUACUACUCGAAUCCGUCAUACCACCACAUCCAUCGGAGGACGCGCAGAGAUCUCUAUUCGAAGAUCGAGAAGUUUUUCCAAGCACAAAGCAAGGAUGGCCGCGCCUGUUUGCUGAAGUCGGUGUGCGAAGUCAACCAAGCUCCUCCUGACAAAGGCACUUUCCUCGAGGAGAUCGUCAAAGUCAUAUUCAGAGCUAAGCCACACGAGGACCACGAGGAUGAGGACGAAUACGAUAAAGCCUCGAACAGGAUACACAACUGCACCGAACUCUAUCCAACGUGUCACUCCUCGGUUUGGAACAUUAUUUAA